AUGUACGCCCUUGCACCCUCGAGACAGCUCUCGUCAGUAUCGUUGGUCGACUUCUCGCGCCAUGUCGAUGCUACAGCCGAAGUCCCUGCCUUGCCACUUAUCACGGUGCGUCCACCACUGAAGCCGCGCAACUCGAGGCUGUCACGUGCCAUCUUCAACGCCUUUCUGCCCUCUGUCGUGCGUGUCGCCCAUCGCUGUGGCUGUGCAGGCGUGCUGGAAUUCGAUGUCUCCAUUUUCGAGGAUGAUGAACUAGCCAGAGAUGUUGACUACAGUUCUGGAGAAGAUGACGAUUCACCGAGCAUACCAAGCACGCCGACCUGCCUGGUCGAAUCCGUACAAGAUGUUCUGAAGCAUACAGACAGAGAUGUAUCGACUGCAACCACUUUAGAGGACUAUGAUGCCACAAUAUCAGCGCCAGACUUUCUGGAUACCAUUGGCGACUACCAAGCGACCCCCGAAAAUGCACCAUUUCUAUUUUAUCCUUUUCCUUCUUCUGCUUUGAAUAUGCAUAGCGCUCCUGUAUCCCCGUGUCUCACACCCUCUCUAUCACGGACUUCUUCUCCAUUAUCCUCUGUACCUCCAUCUCCUCGCUUGUCCCGGCCUGUGCCUCCAUUUCCAUCUACCUCGUCCAGUCGAGCCACUCUCACCGUGCCCACCGCAAUACCACGUUCCCGCUCCUCUCCCUCUCUCAACACAACUAACCCGCUCUCCGUCACAGACAACACACGCGCCUCGACGGCCAAGCACAUCUACGACAAAGUAUGGCGGUACCAAAACAGUCGAUUGCCGCCAGACAUGCCGCCAUGCGAAAUCCCUAUUGCGUGUUGGCCGUUGAUCAAUUUGGCGGCCAAGUAUAGCGAAAAGGUAUACACGGAUCCGCAGGCACGUGCCGAGAAGAAGAUGUAUGUCAGCGCGGGUGCAAAACCUAUGUUCAUGAAGAGCGUGACAAGGGACGACCAGAAGGUUGUCAUAUUGGCGAUUCGUGGGACGAAAAGAUUCAAGGAUUGGUGUGUGAAUUUUCGUGAUCGGGGGGUAGACCCGAAGGGAUUCUUGGAUGACCCGACACAGAAAUGCCAUGCCGGGUUUCUUGACGUUGCAAAAUCCAUGAUCAAGCCGAUUGCCGAACAUCUCGACCACCUCUUGGCCGAAGAUCCCUCCCGCUCGCGCUGUUCACUACUUCUUACCGGCCACUCCGCCGGUGGCGCUGUUGCGUCUCUUCUCUACGCCCAUCUGGCAUCCUCCGCCGCCAUCUCGCCGUUUCACACCCUGAUGAGGAAAUUCAAGCGCGUCCAUUGUGUCACGUUCGGCACGCCCCCGUGUACACUGUUUCCUUUGGCAAAGCCCGAGGGCGAGGAAUGGGUAAGAAGCAUAUUCGUAACGUUUGUGAACGAAGGGGACCCUGUACCACGCGCGGAUCGGAGCGUGCUAGGCAGUCUGCUCGAUCUGUACAGGCAGCCGGCCCCGAAGAUUGGAAGUACGAUACAGUGGCGGGUACCGCCGGGGGAGAUGAAUCUGCCGGGGAGUUUGGUGGUGAUGAGAACGAAGCCGGGGAGUGGUGGGCCAGUGCUAAGCGUUGUGAAUGUAGAGGCGAUUAGUGCGAGGAAUCAGGACUUGCGCACCGUCAUGUACGGCGAUCCGUUGGCGCAUCAGAUGGUGUUGUACCAAAAGCGAGUGCAGGAAUUGGCGACGCGGUCGGCGACGGCGCGGGAUGAUUGA